AAUUUUAAAGAUGGCUGCCACCGUGAAACAACAACUCAAUCAGUUGAUGAGUCUAUCUCAUUCAAGUGGAUCCCACAAGGAUGUCACUGAAAAAUACAAAUCAAUCCUUGAAGGAAUUAUCAAAGGUCCUGGGAAUGAACUUGUCCCCUCAUUACAGGCAUUUAUUGAAGCAUUGGUGAGUGAAGGAGUGAGUCUCGUCAUAUCGAGGCAGAUACUGACAGACUUCACUGCACAGCUGUCUCGUAUGCCUGAUGCUGUUGCCAAAGAAGUGUCACAUUUCACUCUGGAAAAAAUACAAGCGCGUGUGAUCUCAUUUGAAGAGCAGGUAGCAGCAAUCCGUCAACAUUUGGCCAAUAUAUACGAGCGAGAGGAAAGCUGGCGGGAGGCUGCCAGUGUCUUAGUGGGAAUUCCUCUUGAGACAGGCCAAAAACAGUACAGUCCAGAUUACAAACUUGAGACCUACCUAAAAAUAGCCCGGCUGUUCCUAGAGGAUGAAGAUGCUAACCAGGCAGACGCUUACAUCAACAGAGCUUCUUUACUUCAGGCAGAAUCUAAGAAUGAAGAGCUACAGAUUCUUUAUAAGGCUUGCUAUGCCAGAGUUCUUGAUUUUCGUCGCAAAUUUAUUGAAGCAGCCCAGCGUUAUAAUGAGUUGUCAUUCAAGACAGUGGUGUCUGAAGAUGAGAGACUAACAGCACUAAAAAAUGCCCUCAUUUGUACUGUUCUGGCUUCUGCUGGACAACAGAGAUCUCGCAUGUUGGCAACACUUUUUAAAGAUGAGAGAUGUCAACAGCUUCCAGCGUACAGUAUUUUAGAAAAAAUGUACUUAGAUAGAAUAAUCCGCAGCAGUGACCUACAUGAUUUUGCUGCCCUCCUUCUACCCCAUCAGAAGGCCAUUACACCUGAUGGUUCAACAAUUUUAAGCCGAGCAGUGACAGAACAUAAUCUACUUUCUGCUAGUAAACUCUACAACAACAUUUCAUUUGAAGAGCUCGGCUCACUGCUAGAGAUACCCCCAGCCAAGGCAGAAAAGAUAGCCUCCCAGAUGAUCACAGAAGGGCGUAUGAAUGGCUAUGUGGAUCAGAUAGACUCCACUGUACAUUUUGAAGCCCGCGAAACACUGCCAAUGUGGGACCGACAGAUCCAGAGCCUCUGCUUCCAAGUGAACAACAUCAUUGAGAAGAUUUCAACCACUGAGCCUGAAUGGUUUGCCAAAGCUAUGGAGAAAUUUUCUGACUGAACCCAAAGACUCACCCCCAAUGAUCAUGUGCCACAAACUGUUGCUGGACGCAAGUUCCGCACAAGUCUCCAAUACACUGUGUUGCCAAUGGGAAACUUGCCUUGUUCCUAAUGGUGUUUCUUAUUGGAAAACUACUUUAUUGAAAACAUUUGUAACUAUUCCUACCAAAGUGUGAAUCAUAGCACACAUGCAGUCCCUGAGGAACUAGGAUGUAUUUUGAUAUUUUAUCUUAUUUGUUGUCAUCCAGAAUCAGCUUUUUGUUCAGAAAUAGUUGUGCUGUUAGUUUUUUCACUGCCUUUUAUUUAGAAAGUUUGUGUUUAUAAUUUAAAUGAAAAAUAUCACUACCCCAAAUAACAGAUUUGUUUAAGAACGGCUACUUAUAAUAACUCCAUAAAACUGAUGCAUUGUUUAACUUAUUGAUAACAGGAUGUCAAGUUGUUAAAGUUGAUGGGGUUUUUUUUUACCCCAGAGAGAUUUAUGUGGAUACAAAAAAUGGUUCAUUCAUUAAAAAUCUCUUCAGAUGUUA